CGUUUCGUGCACUGCAACCAACCCAAUUUGGUUUGUGAAAACAAGACUGCAGCUCAAUCACCACACAAAUCAAACCGGUGCUAUUGAAUGCAUUCGGAGGAUAUAUCAGCAGUCGGGAAUAAUGGGCUUUUACAAGGGCAUUGUCGCUUCAUACUUCGGAAUUAGUGAAACAGUGGUACACUUUGUCAUCUACGAGGCAAUUAAAACGUGGUUAAUCACACACCGUACCAGCAUGACCACAAUAGAUGCCAGCUCUAAAUCAUCGCGCGAUUUUCUUGAAUUCAUGGCCGCUGGUGCCCUUUCUAAAACCAUUGCUUCGUGCGUUGCCUAUCCACAUGAGGUUGUAAGGACGCGGUUACGAGAAGAGGGAAACAAGUAUCUUGGUUUUUGGCAAACGACAAGUACAAUAAUGGCAGAAGAGGGUACAAGAGGGCUGUACCGUGGCUUAACGACCCAGCUGUUACGCCAAAUACCUAAUACAGCAAUUAUGAUGGCCACAUACGAGGCUGUUGUGUACAUUCUUACAAAUCACUUUCACAAUGAAAAUACCGUUGCGAUGAGGACUGCGCCUACGCAGUUUUAUAGCAAAUCUAAGACUAAAAGCGAUCUGUCCUAAAGUUCAAUGACGACUCCUAACUAGAAAAAAAAAAUUACCACCUUAAUCAUCAAACUAAGACACCCAUACCUGCAACUUCUUCCUUGUAUGUUAUAACUUCCCUUUCCCUAAAGAGUACGCUGGAUCGUCUCGGUCAGAAAGUGUUCCAAACACAUUUAUGGAUCUUUAUUUAUCCAGAUUUUGUUCAAACCAGCUGUUGUUAUUUCUGUCCUUAAUAUAAUAAUUACUAUAAUUGUUGUGACUAUUAUUAAUAUUAGUAUUA